AUGGCAGCUGGCAGAGCGCAUUACGUGCGGAAACGUUUCCGUCACUUCUGUCCUCCCUUCGUCGACCACAUUACUGGAGGAGUGGCAAGCCAGAUCCUGGUGCCGCUGCUGCUGCAAGAUUUCGACAUCAACUGGAAGCCCUCGAGUCCGCCGAGCAAGCGCGCAAGGCUGCGGGAGUUCAAGCACUUCAUCCCUCACGACGGGCACGAGUGGCUCAAAUACGGCCAGAAGGACAUCUCGGGUGGCCGCUACUCACGGCAUUAUUUCCGCUGCAGCCACUCCGACAACGGACGCCGCUGCCCUGCGCGCCGAGUGGUGGACGUGCACACGCAGUUCGGCCAGCCUGGCGCCUCUGACCUCGCGCCACGUGUCACCUACUCCGGCAAGCACAACCACGCGCAGCCUGCCUCUCGCACCCCUUCCGAGAACGAGUCUCUGUUAGCAAAUCCCAUAUUCCCUACAGAACGCGCCAAGCUCGCUGCCAGUGUCCGAGAGCAGCAGCAGGCUAUCGCAGGUCACAUGUUCCCGCUCCCGCGUGCACAGCUGCAGCAGCUUCCAGGCUCUGAGAAGAGGCAGCAGCAUGCAACCACGCUCGAUCUGUCUCUGAUUCGCAGCGGCUUGGCGAAGGAAGAUGGCGAGAGGUGUGACAACGAGUCGUGCCCACUCACACCCACCACGCCCACCUCGCUAAAGCCUCUCUCCCUGCCACUGUCCGCGCCGCUGUCUCCGCAGCUGUCUCCGCCACCUUCCACUCCGGUUUCCCUGUGGACUCCCGUUUCGCUCAGGCCGGUAUCAUCCAGCAGUGUGAUCCUGCCUUCACCGAGAGCAGCUGCGGAGGAGGCUGAGCGGGAAGCAGGAGAGCUGCAAACGGGCUUGGUGAAGGGUAAACGGAAGCGGCCAAUGUUGGCGGAAACAGGUGCUGAUGACACGUCACGUGCAGAUGCCGAAGGAUGUCAAGGGUCUGAAAUCAGCCUGACUUUGGAUCAUGGGGUUCUGCUGCUACCAGGCAAAGAUCUUGAAACAUCUCCGGUGACUCUGUCAGACCCUUUGGGUCAUGGGUUGCUGCAGGCAGUCACGGAUCGGGCUAACGCGAGCAACAUGUUUGACACAUGUGAUCUGGGCCCGCUACAAGCAGAUCCGACUGAGGCAUGCCCAAACGGAGCUGCUGCUGCUCUUCCCAAAUCGGGAUCAGUGACUCGGCUGACGCCAACACCCAUUCCUGAACCAGCAGCCUUUGAGGCUGCACCGCCUGCAGUGGAAGAGAAACAACCAGAAUCAGAGGCCACGGUUGCGGUCACAGAAAGCAGCAGUGGCGCAGAAGAUGCAAGGGAAGGGGCUGGGAGUGGUGCAGAGAAGCAGGGUUCUGCUGGCACAGCCGCAGCAGUGGUUGCCGCUGCUGGAUCAUCGUCAUCCGUGGGGGUUGAAGAAGAGACAAAGGUUGUGGUUUCAGAAACGCGGUCUAGUGCGGGAAGUGAGGCUGAGAAGCCAGUGGAGAAGGAUCGGAACGGUGUGGAGGGAGAGAAACCGGUCGCGACUUGCCAGGAGCCAAUUGAGAUCAUUGAGCCGAAGCCAUUACCUAACUGCUCUGCACUCAUCUGCUGGAUCUUUGGCUGGACUGUGUAA